UUUGUAAAAAAAAAAAAAAAAGUGACGUAAACGCGUAGCAGACGUCAGCAGAUGUAAACAAAGCAGGGAGCCGUCAGACUGAUCGGUGAUCAGACUGAUUGAUGAGCUGCUUCUGGAACCCUCGCUGACGAUACCGAGCCGGUUCGUUCCGUCCAGACUUCCGGGAACACAGUGUGAUCUCUGAGCGGACCUAACGGCAGCCUGAGCGUUAGCAACAUGGAAGACAACAAGAUGGCGGGCAAAGUGAAGAAGCCGGGAAAACGUGGCCGUAAACCUGCCAAAAUUGACCUGAAGGCCAAACUGGAGCGAAGCCGGCAGAGCGCCCGCGAGUGCCGAGCCCGGAAGAAGCUAAGGUACCAGUACCUGGAGGAGUUGGUUUCCAGUAAGGAGAGAGCCAUCUGCGCCCUGCGGGAGGAGCUCGAGAUGUACAAGCAGUGGUGUUCGGCCAUGGAUCAGGGCAAGAUUCCAUCAGAGAUUAAAGCUCUGCUCACCGGAGACGAGCAGAAAAUGCCUCCAAGCGGUGGCAACAAGACGUCCAAGAACAGCAAGAACAACAACAUCAGUAGCAGCAAUGGGCAGAGUUAGACGCUCUUCCUCCUCUUUCUUCUCCUCCUCCUCCUCCUCCUUCUCCUCCUCUUCUCCUGCAUUUCAUCACUCACACAGGACUUAUGAGACCUUUAAACCUCCAGAGAAUAAACCUCCCUCUGUUCUCAGCACGGAGGUUCACCUCCUCGUACAGUGCAUGUAGUAACCCUCAUAGCCAGCAGGGGGGGGACAAGAGCUCCUGGCUGCAGGUCAGAUCCCACAUCUUCACACAGAAGCAGCAGAAAGUUGUUUGUGGAGCUGAAGCUUAAUCACCAUUCCAGUGAAUAAAAAUUUUAAACUUGAGGACACAAAUACAUGCUCUGAACUGAGGAUCAAUGUCUUUCUGUGGUGGUUUGCAGAUCACAUGAAUUACUCCUGUUUCUAAACUCCUAUAGUGACACGUGAGAGUGUGUGUGUGCAGCUGUUCCUGGGUCAGCUGUUGGACAGCCUCUGUGUAUUGUUGUCUGGUCGUUGGGUCAAGCCGGGCUUUCCUCUGGUUUGAUCCUGAUAACGUCUGUGAGCUGAAGGACUGACUAAACCAGCAGCGAGCAGGUCGGCGCCUGCGGCUUCUUUUCACGCACUAAAAUCUGAAAUCUUGUUUCUGAACAGCUUGUAAGCUCUUUUUUUUGUGCACCUUUGUAAACAUAGCUGAAGCACUUUGUUUUAUGACUGUAGAAAAUGUGAGUUUAAAAUGUCUAAGAGCAAAUAAACUGUUUGAUCCUCA